AUGCCUGCUAAUGGAAACCGUCCCUUGAAGUUGCAGUUUGGUCUAAUCAACCAUGAGGGUCGCUACCUCACUGCUGAGGCCUUUGGCUUCAAGGUGAACGCGUCAGCACCGAGCCUGAAGAAGAAGCAGAUAUGGACUCUAGAUCAGGACUCUCAGGACACCCAGGUGGUCUACUUUCGUAGCCACUUGGGACGCUACCUGGCCUCUGACAAGGACGGCAAAGUCACUGGUGAGGCUGACGGACAAAAUUCUGACUGCCGCUUUCUCAUCGUGGCUCAAUCAGAUGGUCGUUGGGCCCUGCAGUCGGAGCAGCACCUCCGCUUCUUUGGUGGCUCCCAGGACUACCUGUCCUGCUUUGCCCAGGUAAUCACAGAUGCCGAGCUGUGGGCUGUGCACCUGGCUCUGCAUCCGCAGGCCAACCUGCUGUCUGUGGCCCGCAAGCGUUACGCCCGCCUCUCCGCGGAGGACGGGGAAAUUGCCGUGGAUAUGAACAUUCCCUGGGGCGUGGCAGCGCUCCUGACACUUGUCUACCUGGAUGGGAAGUACUGCCUUAAGACCUGCGACAGUCGCUUCCUCAGCAAUGAUGGGAAGCUCUUGAUGCAGAUAGGCAGGGCCACGGCGUACACGCUGGAGCUGAAGUGCGGGAAGCUGGCCUUUAAAGACAGUGAGGGGAAGUAUUUGUCUCCUGUGGGGCCUACUGGCACCCUGAGGUCUGGACGGUGCUCCAAGCCGGGCAAAGAUGAACUGUUUGACCUUGAGGAGAGCCACCCACAAGUGGUUCUGAUGGCCGCCAACAGGCGAUAUGUCUCCAUAAGACAAGGAGUAAGCCUUGCAGCCAAUCAGGAAGAUGAGACGGACAUGGAGACGUUUCAGAUGGAGAUCGACAAGGAAACCAGGAAGUGUACGUUGCGAACUAGCCAAGGGAACUACUGGGAUCUGGUGGCCCACGGAGGCAUCCAGAUUACUGCCACUGAAGUGUCAGCAAACACCAUGUUUUCAGUGGAGUGGCUUGGCCACAGGGUGGCACUAAAGGCUAACAAUGGAAAAUACAUCUGCACCAAGAAGAACGGCCAGCUGCUGGCUGUCAGUGACUCCAUAGGUAAAAAGAAAAUGUUAGGUUUUGUUCUUCUCUAUCAACCUCCUCACUCUGACUUCCCUUGUGGCGAGGACGAGCAGCUCACUUUGAAGCUGAUCAACCGACCCAUGCUGAUCCUGAGAGGAGAGAACGGAUUCAUCUGCCACCACAAGAACUCCAACUUACUGGACGGCAGCAGAUCGGUCUACGACAUUUUCACCCUGCAAUUCAGCAAUGGGGCGUACCAUAUUAAAGGCGUGGACGGUCGGUUCUGGUACGUGAACAGCGCCGGACUGGUGUGCUCAGACGGCGAGGCCCCUGAGGACUUCACCCUGGAGCUCCUGGAGCAGGGUCGCCUCGCCAUCCGUGACAAGAACGGCAGAUACCUGCGUGGAGACCAGGGAGGCACGCUGAAGGGAGACGGACUCAGCCUGAGCAGAUCAGCCCUGUGGGAGUAUUAACACAAUCCAAUAUUAGUCCCCAACACCAAUCAAUGCUUCAUCUAGAGAAAGACGGCUGCUCAUCAGAGACGAGUUCCAGCCUGACCUGAUUUUAUCCCACUUUUCUUUCACCUUCUUGUUACAAAGGGGUCACAACAGAGACCUCACAACAGAUAAUUGCCUCACACGACAGGAGAAAGUGCAACACGAACUGACCAAACUCAGCCAAGAUAAGUCUUGAGUGAACAGCAGACAGUUAGUGUGAAUGAA